AUUGAUUCUCUAUUGACUUUUUACGAUAUAUCAAUAAAAGACGAUGCUUCUUUUUGAUGAAUUGGUCCUCUUGCUCUAUACUGUCUAUAGAGAGUCUAUGAAUGCCAGUAAAUAGUUUAGUAGCAUAUAUUGAAAAUAUAUACAAAAAUUAAACUAAGUUGUAUUCAAAUUAUUUCUUUUUUCUUUCACAAACACGCAUUAAUUCCGGUCUUACUUUCUGACUAUUGCUCUUCAUCUUUGGAGAUUGAACUGAAUUUAUCAAACGUUUCUCUAUGCCAAAAUAGAUCAUUUAAUGCAAGAAGGCAUAAAACUAGAUUUUUUUAUUUCUUUUUCUCCCAUAAAAGAACAUGAAUUGAAGUCUUUAGAUACUUACUAUUCACAGAAUGAAAACGUGAAGCUAUACUAUGGCGAAUCUUUCUACGUAAAUGUUACUAUUUCAAAGCCUUUAGAUGGUGAUUUCGAUCAAGCUUUCGAAGAAUUUAACAUUGAAGGACAUCUGUAUAGCAACUCACCUAGUAAUCGCUCAAAUUCAUCAACGAACUUUCGAAAUAUUAGAGCUUUCACUUUGUCGACCAGGCAUUCAACGGUUUUUAAUUGGGUCGACAAUGAGAGAGAACACAGGCUCUUCUCAUGUCUCAUAAAGUUGGAUAAUUUUUCUUUUCCAAAUCAUAAACUAGAGAUUCACGUCAAUAAUGAAGGCAUUCAUCAAGUCUCAAGCAAAAGUUCGCUAGAAUCUGAAUCAGAUGCUAUAAGAGACGUUUCUUGUUAUGAUGAAAGUGACGACUAUAUAACUGAUGUUGAUAUAGACUACAACAUUCUAGGGUCUCUUUCUAAUGAUGCGCGAUUUCAAGCAAAUCCACCCCUUCUUCCAGCUUCAUAUAUAUCCGGAAAUACCCAGAAGGAUGACAAGAAAUCUCGUCUAAAUUAUAUUUCAAAAAUGCAUCAUUUUUUUUGCGCUAUCCCGGUUUUGAUAAAGCUAAAGGCUUAUAUGAUUGAUGAGCUAAAUCAGUAUCUCACUUGCAUUCUUGCGCCGGAUACUUCCUGCCAUAGCUUCAUUUUAAAAGAUUUUACAUCCAAAUCAUCAUCCUCAAGCCUCUCGUUAUUGGGACCAAAGUGCAACGAUGGUAUCAACGCAACUCUGACAGGUUCCGAUCUGUUUUCAGUCGUUUAUCAGCUAAAAUUGCAACCAUCAUCCUAUAGAAUUGAGAUUGAAUGUUUUUGUGAAGGAACUAUUGUGCGAAAACUUAACGAAACAUAUGUGCAUGGCAUGCCAUUUGUUUACAAGCAUCCCACCAUGUUUGUUAUGCGAAAGAAUCACAUGCAUAAACAUACUAAACAGUUAUCUAGUAGUGAAUCGACGACAAGUUUGACGCCUCUCUUGAAAGUGCUUGAAAUGUCUGCAACAGUUCCUUCUUACGUGAAGUCCGGCACUACCUUUCCAGUCAGUAUUAAUUUGUAUAAUCCUUCAGAUGUACCUUUAGAACUCGUCGUGCAGAUUCCACUAUAUACUUACGAUGUGUUUUUUACUAAUGAUAACAAUGAAGCAAACGACGGUGAAAAGCAUGAUGGGUUAUCUUCAUUUCCUUCAAACAAGCCCUAUUACGUUACGAAACUACCAGGCAUAAUUGCUUCCACUACUAUUUUUCACACUGGAAUUAUUUCGCCAAAAUGCGAGAAAGAUUUUGACUUACAAUUUCUCGCCUAUAGACCCGGGUCUUAUGACUUAUCUUACAUAACUGUGAAAGACGUUCAUCGACAAUCUCAUAAACCUAGGAAAUUAUCGGAUGUGCUACAAGUAAUAGUUGAAUCAUGAAUAUUUAUCUUUCUUUUACUGUUAUAUACGCGCUUAGAAGCAAU